AUGAAGAUGUUGACAAGACUCCAAGUUCUUACAUUAGCUUUGUUUUCAAAGGGAUUUUUACUUUGUUUAGGGGACCAUAACUUUCUGAGGAGGGAGAUUAAAAUAGAAGGUGACCUCGUUUUAGGGGGCCUAUUUCCUAUUAAUGAAAAAGGCACUGGGACUGAAGAAUGUGGGCGAAUCAACGAAGAUCGAGGGAUCCAACGCCUGGAAGCCAUGUUGUUUGCUAUUGAUGAAAUUAACAAAGACAAUUACCUGCUCCCAGGAGUGAAGCUGGGUGUUCACAUUUUGGAUACCUGCUCAAGAGAUACCUACGCAUUAGAGCAAUCACUGGAAUUUGUCAGGGCAUCUUUGACUAAAGUGGAUGAAGCCGAGUAUAUGUGUCCUGAUGGAUCCUAUGCCAUUCAAGAAAAUAUCCCACUGGUCAUUGCAGGGGUCAUUGGCGGCUCUUACAGCAGUGUUUCCAUACAGGUGGCAAACCUGCUGAGGCUCUUCCAGAUCCCGCAGAUAAGCUACGCAUCCACCAGCGCCAAACUCAGCGACAAAUCGCGCUACGAUUACUUUGCCAGGACCGUGCCCCCUGAUUUCUACCAGGCCAAAGCCAUGGCCGAGAUCUUGCGUUUCUUCAACUGGACCUACGUGUCCACCGUGGCCUCGGAGGGCGACUAUGGGGAGACGGGGAUUGAGGCCUUCGAGCAGGAAGCCCGCCUGCGCAACAUCUGCAUCGCCACUGCGGAGAAGGUGGGCCGCUCCAACAUCCGCAAAUCCUACGACAGCGUGAUCCGCGAGCUGCUGCAGAAGCCCAACGCGCGCGUCGUGGUCCUCUUCAUGCGCAGCGACGACUCCCGGGAGCUCAUCGCCGCUGCCAGCCGCGCCAACGCCUCUUUCACCUGGGUGGCCAGCGACGGCUGGGGUGCGCAAGAAAGCAUCAUCAAGGGCAGCGAGCAUGUGGCCUAUGGCGCCAUCACCCUGGAGCUGGCCUCGCAGCCCAUCCGCCCGUUUGAUCGCUACUUCCAGAGCCUCAACCCCUACAACAACCACCGCAACCCCUGGUUCCGGGACUUCUGGGAGCAGAAGUUCCAGUGCAGCCUCCAGAACAAGCACAACCACCGGCGCCCUUGUGACAAGCACCUGGCCAUCGACAGCAGCAACUACGAGCAGGAAUCCAAGAUUAUGUUCGUGGUGAAUGCCGUGUAUGCCAUGGCCCAUGCCCUGCACAAAAUGCAGCGCACGCUCUGCCCCAACACCACCAAGCUCUGUGACGCCAUGAAGAUCCUGGACGGGAAGAAGCUGUACAAGGAUUACUUGCUGAAAAUCAACUUCACAGCUCCAUUCAUCGCAAAUAAAGGUGUAGAUAGCAUUGUCAAGUUUGACACUUUUGGAGAUGGCGUGGGACGAUACAACGUGUUCAACUUCCAGUAUGUGGGUGGCAAGUACUCCUACCUGAAGGUUGGUCAUUGGUCAGAAACCUUAUCACUAGAUGUUGACUCUAUCCACUGGUCCCGGAAUUCAAUGCCCACUUCCCAGUGCAGUGACCCUUGUGCACCCAAUGAAAUGAAGAAUAUGCAACCAGGAGAUGUCUGCUGCUGGAUCUGCAUCCCCUGCGAGCCCUACGAAUACCUGGCUGAUGAGUUCACCUGUAUGGAUUGCGGCCUUGGGCAGUGGCCCACUGCAGACCUAUCUGGCUGCUUUGACCUUCCUGAGGACUACAUCAAGUGGGAAGAUGCCUGGGCCAUUGGUCCAGUCACCAUUGCCUGUCUGGGUUUUAUGUGCACAUGCAUGGUUGUGACUGUUUUUAUCAAGCACAACAACACACCGUUGGUCAAAGCAUCAGGCCGGGAGCUCUGCUACAUCCUGUUGUUUGGGGUUGGCCUGUCCUACUGCAUGACGUUCUUCUUCAUUUCCAAGCCGUCACCCGUCAUCUGCGCAUUGCGCCGACUGGGGCUGGGGACCUCCUUCGCUGUCUGUUACUCAGCCCUGCUAACCAAGACAAACUGCAUUGCCCGCAUCUUCGAUGGGGUAAAGAAUGGCGCUCAGAGGCCAAAAUUCAUCAGCCCGAGUUCUCAGGUUUUCAUCUGCCUGGGUCUGAUACUGGUGCAGAUCGUGGUCGUGUCUGUGUGGCUCAUCCUGGAGGCUCCAGGCACUAGACGGCACACACUUCCAGAGAAGCGGGAAACAGUCAUCCUAAAAUGCAACGUCAAAGAUUCCAGCAUGUUGAUCUCACUUACCUACGACGUAGUCCUGGUCAUCUUAUGCACUGUGUAUGCCUUCAAAACGCGGAAGUGCCCAGAAAAUUUCAACGAGGCCAAGUUCAUUGGUUUUACCAUGUACACGACGUGCAUCAUCUGGUUGGCCUUCCUCCCUAUAUUUUAUGUGACGUCAAGUGACUACAGAGUGCAGACAACGACCAUGUGCAUCUCUGUUAGCCUGAGUGGCUUCGUGGUCCUGGGCUGUUUGUUUGCACCUAAGGUGCACAUCAUCUUGUUUCAACCCCAGAAGAAUGUGGUCACUCACAGGCUGCACUUGAACAGGUUCAGUGUCAGUGGAACUGGGACCACAUAUUCUCACUCCUCUGCCAGCACAUACAUGCCGACAGUGUGCAACGGCCGGGAAGUCCUCGACUCCACCACCUCAUCUCUGUGA